CUGCUGGACUCGCUUCUCCCCAGACCCCAGAGAUGCGGGUCAUGGGGCCGAGAACCCUCCUCCUGCUGCUGCCGGGGGCGCUGGUCCUGACCGAGACCUGGGCGGGCUCCCACUCGCUGAGGUAUUUCUACACCGCCGUGUCCCGGCCCGGCCGCGGGGAGACCCGCUUCAUCGCCGUCGGCUACGUGGACGACACAGAGUUCGUGCGGCUCGACAGCGACGCCCCGGAUCCGAGGAUGGAGCCGCGGGCGAGGUGGGUGGAGCAGGAGGGCCCGGAGUAUUGGGAUCAGGAGACGCGGAGAACUAAGGAAGCCGCACAGACUUUCCGAGCGAACCUGAACAGCCUGCGCGGCUACUACAACCAGAGCGAGGCCGGGUCUCACACCCUCCAGGAAAUGUAUGGCUGCGACGUGGGGCCGGACCGGCGCCUCCUCCGCGGGUAUGAUCAGUUCGCCUACGACGGCAGAGAGUACAUCACCCUGAACGAGGACCUGCGCUCCUGGACCGCGGCGGACACGGCGGCUCAGAUCACCAAGAGCACGUGGGAGAAGGAAGGUGAGGCAGAGGCUCGCAGGAACUACCUGGAGGGCCGGUGCGUGGAGUCGCUCCGCAGAUACCUGGAGAUCGGGAAGGACACGCUGCAGCGCGCAGAGCCUCCAAAGACACAUGUGACCUGUCACCUCUUCUCUGAGCAUGAGGUCACCCUGAGGUGCUGGGCCUUGUGUUUCUACCCUGAGGAGAUCUCACUGACAUGGCAGCGUGAUGGAGACGACCAGACCCAGGACAUGGAGCUUGUGGAGACCAGGCCUUCAGGAGAUGGAACCUUCCAGAAGUGGGCGGCCCUGGUGGUGCCUUCUGGAGAGGAGCAGAGAUACACAUGCCCUGUGCAGCACGAGGGGCUUCUGGAGCCCCUCACCCUGAGAUGGGAACCUCCUCAGACCUGCUUCCUCAUCAUGGGGAUCAUUGUUGGCCUGGUUCUCCUCAUGGUGGCUGUGGUGGCUGGAGCUGGGAUCUGGAGGAAGAAGCGCUCAGGUGAAAAUGGAGGUAACUGCACUCAGGCUGCAAGUAAGUACAGAGGGGGUGUGAGUCCUGAGACCCUUCUGAAGGUGCAAUAAGAGGCCAUGGUGGGCUCGCCCUCCUCAAAGUU